AUGUCUCUUCGACUCUCCAGUGGAUCCAGGAGGUCCAGUCCCCGGUCUGGCACAGGAUCGCUAAGGCUGUCCAGUGGAGGAGCCAGCUUUGGAGCUGGAAAUGCUUGUGGCAUCCCUGGCAUUGGAAGCAGCUUCUCCUGCGCCUUUGGGGGCAGCUCCUCCAUGGGAAAUGCAGGGACCGGCAACCCCUGUGCUGGCUUCGCUGUGAAUGAGGGCGGCCUGCUGUCCGGCAACGAGAAGGUGACCAUGCAGAACCUCAACGACCGCCUGGCCUCCUACCUGGACAACGUGCGCGCCCUGGAGGAGGCCAACACCGACCUGGAGCAGAAGAUCAAGGGGUGGUACGAGAAAUUCGGACCCGGUUCUUGCCGAGGCCUGGAUCAUGACUACAGCCGAUACUUCCCUAUAAUCGAAGAUCUCAAAAACCAGAUCAUUGCCUCCACCACCAGCAAUGCCAACGCCGUGCUGCAGAUCGAUAACGCCAGGCUGACUGCUGAUGACUUCCGGCUCAAGUAUGAAAAUGAGCUGGCUCUUCACCAGAGUGUGGAGGCUGAUGUCAAUGGGUUACGAAGAGUUUUGGAUGAAAUCACCCUGUGCAGAACGGACCUGGAGAUUCAAUAUGAAACCUUGAGUGAGGAGAUGACUUACCUGAAAAAGAACCACAAGGAGGAAAUGCAAGUUCUGCAGUGCGCGGCCGGGGGCAACGUGAACGUGGAGAUGAACGCAGCCCCCGGCGUGGACCUCACGGUGCUGCUGAACAACAUGCGGGCCGAGUACGAGGCGCUGGCCGAGCAGAACCGCCAGGACGCGGAGGCCUGGUUCAACGAAAAGAGCGCUUCCCUGCAACAGCAGAUCUCUGAGGACGUCGGGGCCACCACCUCGGCCCGCAACGAGCUAACCGAAAUGAAGCGCACCCUGCAGACCCUGGAAAUCGAACUGCAGUCGCUCCUGGCCACGAAACACUCGCUGGAGUGCUCCCUGAGUGAGACCGAGGGCAACUACUGCUCACAGCUGGCCCAGAUCCAGGCGAGGAUCGCGGCCCUCGAGGAGCAGCUGCACCAGGUCAGGACCGAGACCGAGGGCCAGAAACUCGAGUACGAGCAGCUCCUGGACAUCAAGGUGCACCUGGAGAAGGAGAUCGAGACCUACUGCCGCCUCAUAGACGGAGACGAAGGGGCUUGUAAGUCUGGAGGUUAUAAAUCGAAAGAUUUUGGAGCCAGUAACAUGGGAAAUCAAAUCAAAGAUCCAAUCAAAGCCAUAGUGGUUAAGAAAGUCCUUGAGGAGGUCGAUCAACGUAGCAAGAUACUGACUACCAGACUCCACUCCCUGGAAGACAAACCUCAGAACAAUUAACAG